CCAUAAUAAAGUAGGCUAGCAAAGUCAUACACGGCUGUCGUAUAAUACAUCUUUCAGCAAAAUAAAGGUGUCGUAUAAUACAAGCAAGAAACUUCUGCCCUCUUUUGAAAAAGUCACCCACUCUAACAUUUUAUACUCUCUCCAUUCCCCUUAUUUCAACCCCAAAUUUCCAUCACUUCCAAAAGCUACACCAUGGCAACCAGAGUCACUAUUUCCAUCACACUUUUACUCUUCCUCUUUAUCACCCUCUCACGCGCUCGCGAUCUCCAUAACUCACUUUCCGAAUCCACCACGCGCUCCAAACCCCAACAAUACGACACCGUUUCGUUCAAUCUUAUCCCCAUCGACCACCUUCCGGUAACGCUUCCCGAUCUCCGUCCCAUCAACCGUCACGUCCAUAUACUUCGUCCUUUGCCGUUAGGGUUGCCCUUAUCUCACCGCCGUUGCCGCCAUGGCCACCGCCGCCAGAUCCCUUACGGCAACGACAUGAUCUUGGCGAACGACGCCAGCACCAAACACCGCCAGAUCCCUUACGGCAACGACAUGAUCUUAGCGAACGAUGUCAACACCAAAGAUCGCCAUAUCCCGAAACGAUUGUCGAGGAUUCACUGUGGUGACGUGAUGUACCCGCAGGUGGUGCAUUUUAAUCCUUCUCACAUCCAUAGCCAGGAUCAUCAUCAUCAUCACCAUCAUGAGAAGAGUUGGUUUUCAAAGAAGAUUCAUGAGUUCUUGAACUUGUUCUGAUUUUGAUGCAACUUGAAGUUGAUGAUGCUUAUGAGAAUAUAUAUAGAUAUAGAUAUAGAUAUGAAGUGUUUUGUGUAGAAAUCAUGUAUUUGUAGUUUUAUUUUUAUUUUAUAUAGUAUGAUGCUCUCCUAGUAAGUUUUUAUGUUAUGAAGUUAUGAGUUGUUAGGGAAUUUAAUAGAAUGAUGCUAUGUUAUGUUGUUGGUGCUACUUGCCAAGCAUUAUGCUAGUUGAUGAUAAAUAAGAAAACGUUGGACCUUCACUUUA